AUGAAUCAAACUUCUGGCUUUGAUAUUGUGUUUUCAUCAUACGAGUUUCUGAGACCACAGAAACAUGUCUUAGCAGUUUUCAUUUUCUUACUUUAUGCUGCUGCAACUUUAGCAAACAUUUUUAUAUUAUUUGUUAUCUAUGUAGAGUCAAGUCUCCAUAAGCCGAUGUAUAUAUUUUUGUUUAACUUGAUAUGCUGUGGAUUGAUGGGAAGCAGUGCAGUUUGGCCCAAAGUUCUUUCCAAUCUCCUCACAGAUUGGCACGUUAGUUCAUAUGAGGGAUGUCUCGUCCAAGUCUAUCUGUUAAGUGUUUAUGCUGCAUGCACUUACACUACUUUAACUCUCAUGGCUUAUGAUCGAUAUGUAUCCAUUUGUAAACCAUUACAGUACCACGUUAUUAUGAAACCGAGUAAACUUAGGUUGUGGUUAAUAUUAGGUAACUUAGUUCCUGCUUUAUCAAUAGCUGGACAGAUUUAUUUGACAUCAAGAAUCCCUUUAUGCAGCCGUACUCUUAAUAAACUAUUUUGUGAUAAUCUUUCAAUAAUUAACAUAUCAUGCGUCACAGGUCGCAUUGGUCUCCUCAGCAAUGUUUAUGGUUUACUUAUAAUUGUAUGUUUAUCUCUGUUCCCUACUUGUCUGAUAUUGCUGUCUUAUGUUAAAAUACUUUCUGUUAGCUUGAGAGUGUCAAAAGUAGGUCAAAAAAAGGCACUUGGAACAUGCAUUCCCCAUUUGAUCGUGUUUAUAAACUAUUCUAUUGCUACAGUGUUUUCAGUUAUAUAUAACAGAUUUAAUGUGCCUAGGCCUAGUGAAAUGAAUGUCUUUAUAUCAGUUCAAAUCACACUGUUUCCCCCACUUUUGCAUCCGGUAAUAUAUGGUGUUAGAACCAAAGAGAUCAGAAAAUGCACAGCAAAAAUUACCAGGAGCCUGUGCAAAUCAGUCAGCAGUUAUUAUACUUCAAAACUAAAAGUGGCAAAAAUAUUUUCAAUUUCUUAA